AUGGCGGACCCAGAAAGUGCAAGGCAGGCUGUCCCUUCAGCGGCCCCGAUUUCUUUCGGUUUCACUCGCACCUCUGCCCGGAGGCGACUGGCAGACCCCGGAGUCGGCGAAGGACGGGCCUCAGAGGAGAAAGAUUUCUUAAAGACUGUGGAAGGGAGGGAGCUGCAGAGUGUGAACCCUCCAGAAGCCCCCAAGGAACUGGUCAUCCCAUUGAUCCAGAAUGGCUCUCGCAGGCAAGCACAGUCCAAGAGCCCUAAGCCAUCCUCAGAAACUAGGACUGAGUUGAUGUCAGAUGGUGUGCUGUCCCUGGCUGUGAAGGAGCUCAUUGAGGAAUCCAAGAAGUCCCUGGAGGAGAGGGAGAAUGCAGGUGUUGAUCCCACACUUACCAUCCCUAUGAUCCAGAAAGGAUGCAGUCCCGGUGGGGAAGGAACAGACAGCGAACCUCAGGCUGAGACAGUGCCAGAGGAAGCUGACUAUGAGGCAGUCCCUGUGGAGGCCUACGGGCUGGCCAUGUUGCGGGGCAUGGGAUGGAAACCUGGCAAAGGCAUCGGCAAUACUUUCAGUCAAGUAGUGAAGCCCCGAGUCAACUCUCUAAGGCCCAAAGGCUUAGGGCUAGGUGCCAAUCUGAUGGAGGCCCAGGCCUUAGCCUCCACUGGCUCUCACCACCCACCAAGACCAGAUGGGGAUCGAGAGAAGGAUAAGGAAGGGCAACUUCAAGGGUUGAUUCCUGGAGGAGCAGUUGUGGUCCUUUCUGGCCCUUACUGGGGCCUCUACGGGAAGGUAGAAGGCCUUGAUCCUGACAAUGUGCGGGCCAUGGUUCGGCUGGCAGUAGGCAACAGCAUUGUGACUGUUAGUGAGUAUUGCCUACGGCCUGUUUCCCAGCAGGAGUUUGAUAGCCACACCUCACAGCCAGGCCAUGUGAGCAAAACUUGCACAGAGCAGCAGAACAGAACAACUGGAACAGCCUUGUCAUUGAAGGCCCUCGAGAAUCAGGAGGACUCAAAGAGGAGGCAGAAGGAUUCAGAGAGGAAGCGGAAACACCCUCCAGAUCGACAGGAUGGACCUGUGGCAAAGAGUGAGAAAACAACCACUAAGAACAAGCACUGGUUACACAGGGACUUACGUGUGAGGUUCAUUGACAAACUGCACAAGGGUGGCCGGUAUUACAACACCAAGAUGACAAUUGAAGAUGUCCCGAGCCCAGAUACUUGUGUGUGUCGGACAGAUGAAGGCCGAGUUCUAGAAGGCGUGACAGAAAACAUGCUGGAAACCCUGAUUCCCAAGGGAGAGGGUCACCGUGUGAUGGUGGUGCUGGGACCACAUGCUGGAAAGGUGGGACUUCUUCUGAGUCGGGACAGCGUGCAGAGUCAAGCUUUGGUGCAACUUGGGAGAGAGAACCAGGUUGUAGAGCUCCACUAUGAUGCUAUCUGCCAGUACAUGGGUCCCAGUAACUCGGAUGAAGACUGACAUGUGGACCACUGUCAUCCC